CACCUUCACCUCAAGCACGCUCAGUAGACUGUGGAAGGCAGUAGUAGUCACAGCACGGUCCAUAGCAAGGAUUGCAAGAUGUUCAAACAAGUCGUAGCAGUGGUGCUGUUGUUCGCAGCAGUUGCUCAAGGAUUGGAAAUUAUUCAAUGCUCCAAUAAUCGGCCCACGCCCCAGGAAGUGACCGUGCCGGGAUGCACCAGCCUGCCCUGCCAGGUCCCGAAUCAGUCGGACUUUAACUUUAGCGUGCGCUUCGCACCGACCUUCCCAACCAACACACUGACGGUGGAUGUGCGUGCAUCGCUGUUGGGUCUGUUCCUGCCCUACGAGGUGCCGGAUCAUCUGCGCAAUGGCUGCAACAACAUUAACACUUCCUGUCCGCUGACGGCUGGGCAAUCCGUAACGCUGACCGGUACGGCACCGGUCGAGGCGCCACUCACGGGCGUCACUGUUACGAUGGAGUUCGAAAUAACGGGCGAUGGUGGCCAGGUGGCCGUUUGUUUUGCCGCCACCGUGACGCUGCUGUAAUGCGGGUGCAAGGCGUUACAAAGGUUACACAAGGAUAAUAAAGCAGAUGUUAUAUCGCAUCAUA